AUGGUUGCAGGGCAGGGCAUGUUCCCUGGCGCCCCGCUGGUUGGAGUAUUAUUUGGGAGUGACCGCGCUCGUUCGAUGAUGCGGUCGUGGGCUUAUUUGUCGAGGCACCUACCAGGCGGCGUGUAUUGGAUCCAGAGAGUGUGCGAUCAGCGCGCUACAGGACUUUGCCUCGCCCCGGCUACGACCUCCUUCAAACUCCUGUGCAAUCUGCUCUGCGCGGUCAAGCUCAUCCACGUUGGCAACUUCCAUUCCAACAACCUUGACGGGAUAUGCCCCAUCAUUCGUGCGAGCGUGCUGCGAAUCGCUCCAGAGGAUCAUGGCGACCCAAAGCGGGAAGAUGCCAUCUUCGCUGAACAUGUGCUGGGGUCGUGUCAUUACGGAGCGGAUUUUGACGUUGUGGCGGCAUGCGCAGACGACAGCAAAGUGCACGAGCUUCAGCUGUCCACCAAGCUGGUCCGAG